GUGAAAUGUGAAUCAGAUUGCGAUUUAAAUUCACUGGAUUUAUACUAUUUUGUAGUCUACACUAAUUUAUAAAAUAAUACCUUGUUAACUUAUUUAUAUUUAUAUUAAUUCACUAACUAAUCUGUUAUCUUGUGAGAAAACUAGUUUUUGUUAAAUUUUUAUAAUGUCCAAAAUAAUAAACAGUAAUGGAAAUAAGGCGGGAAGUAUUUACAGGAUCGCUCUUGAAAACUUUGUGACAUAUAAGCAAGUAGAAUUAUAUCCUGGACCAUCACUUAAUGUUAUAAUCGGACCUAACGGAACGGGAAAGUCUACCAUUGUUUGUGCUAUUAUUCUGGGUUUGUGUGGAAAACCCAGCGUUAUUGGUCGGGCCAAAAAGGUAUCUGAGUAUGUUCGUGGAGGCUGUGAAGAUGCUACCAUAGAAAUUGAAUUAUACCAAAAACCUGGAAAACAAAAUGUUAUUAUUACUAGAAAUUUCAAUCUAAAUGAUACCUCCGUGUGGUAUAUCAAUCAUAAAACUGCAAGAGAGAACCAAGUUCAAGACCUUAUUACAUCACUUAACAUACAGGUAGAUAACUUAUGUCAACUAUUACCUCAAGAUAGAGUUCAGGAUUUUUCCAAAAUGAAUCCACAGCAACUACUUCGCAGUACAUUAUCUGCUGUUGGAGGGCAUGAAAGUGUAGAUCAUUUAGAUGAACUAAUAGAAAUGAGAAAUGAACAACGUAACCUGUCCACCACACAGGAGAAUAAUGCACAAAUGUUACAGGAACAGAUUCGAUUGAAUGAAAGAAUAAAAGCUAUAAUUGACACAAUAAAUCAAAGAAAAGAUAUCGAGAAACAUAUUGAAUUAUGCAAUAUAAAGAAACUUUGGAUUGAAUACCAUGAACUUAAAACAAAAGUAAAUGAAUACAGUCAAGAUAAGAAGGAGGCAGUAAAAUUGUUGGACACACAAACAAAAAAAAUGGCGCCAUUGGAGAAAGUUUUAGGAAAUGCAAAAAGCAAAAUCAGCAAGUUGGAACAGCAGAAACUUAGUGCGGGUAGAGAAAUCCAUACGUUAACAGACAAAGUAAAAGAGACAUUAAGCAGCGUUAAUUCGCUAGAAUAUGUCCUGAAAGAGAUAGACUCGGUCUUCCAGGAGAAGUUGGAGCGGCAUCGAAAUAGAAACAAAGAGUUAUCCAUGUAUAAAGCUAAGUUGAACAAACUUGUUGAUGAUAAAAGACUCGCCGUUGAACAUGUUGGAGAUGAAACAAGUAUAAAAAUGAAAUUGGCUGAAAUUCAUAAAGCUAUGACGACGACGAAUGCAACAAUUGAUAGUUUAAAAAAGAAGAAAUUGGAAGUAGAGUUCGAUUAUGAGAAUAAUAUUGUACCCCAAAUGAGAUUGUACCAGAACAGAAUAAAUAAUUUAGAAGACGUAAAUAAGACACGCCUAGAGAGUCUACGCGAAGGUGAACGAACAAAAGAUGCGUACAAAGCGAUUAUGUGGCUGAGAGACAAUCGACAUUUAUUCAAGCAUGGAGUCUACGAACCUAUGAUGCUUGAGAUAAACUUCACAGACCCAAAGUUCGCACGUUAUUUAGAAGCAACGGUUGAUUCGCGGGACCUUAUCGCAUUUACGUUUGAAUCCAGUCAAGAGAUGAAUUUGUUUAUGAGGAAUAUGAGAGAGAUGAACUUGAAGAUGGUGAACGCGGUAUGCAGCGAACCCGCUACCCUCAACUUGCAGAGGCAGGAUAUUUCCGAACUGAGCUACCUCGGCUUCUAUACCUACGUAUUGGACACAAUAUCAGCACCAGACGCAAUUGUUCGUUAUUUGUGUAGAAAUUACUCGAUUCACAAAAUACCGAUUGGGGAUGAGCACACGUUUAAUAAUAGCGGGAAAGUACCCGCAAAUAUCACCUUCUAUUUUACAGAAAAUCACAGAUUCUCAGUUCGCGUAUCGGAAUACAGUGGCGCAAAAUCCAGUUCCAUCACAGAAAUAAACCCACCCCGUCUACUCGCCAAGACUGUGGACAUUGAACAGAUUAACAAAUUUAAGAAUCAGUUAGCAGGCUUUGAAAGAACAGCGGCUUCACAUAAAACGAAGUUGCAGGAAUUUAACAACCAAAUGGCGCCGCUAGAGGUCACUUUGAACAAUUUUAAUAAUGACAGGAAGAAAAUCAAUGAGAGCGUAGAUAAGAUUCGAACACUAAGCGUACAAAUACGUUUACAAACGAAGAAAAUUGAUGACAUACAAAAUGAAUCCUCCCUCAACAUAGAGUUGGAGAAAGAGAACUGUCAGAAGAGACAAAAGGAGAGUGUACUUAAGCAAUGUCAUCUUCAUUCGCAAUUGAAAGACAUGUUAAAGGAAUUGCAAAAUAAGAUUCUAGAGAAGGAAUUGGUUGGGGUAAAACUGGAAGUAAGCAGAAAUGGUAUAAUACAGCAUGAAGCGGAAUUGAGAGAACUGAAGAGCGAAUUACGUAAUGUUCAAGUAACUCUCGAAAACAUACAAAACUGCUUAACCUGUGCCGUUUCGAAAGCAAAAGAAAAACUAACGGAAGCAAAACGUUCGUGCAAUAACAAACUACCCACAGAGCCAGAUUUUCCUAAUAAAGAUGUGUUUGACAGUCUACCCACUGAUUUGACAGCCCUACAGGAACACUGCUUCGAUUUGCAGACACGCAUAGAUUUAAUGCAUUCUAGUGAUGAACAGGUCAUAAAAGAAUAUAAUACAAGGGAAAGGACUAUUGCAAAACUUCAGUCUGAUAUCACGAACUCAUCAGAUAGGAACAAACAGUUAGAAGACAAAAUGAAGGAACUCAAAUCAAAAUGGCUGCCGCCAUUGGAAAUGCUGCUGCGUAAAAUAGACCGUGCAUUUGGAUCUAUGUUCGCCAAAAUGGGAUGCGCUGGAGAAGUUAAAUUGGACAAAACUGGGACUGAUGAAGACUACGACAAAUACGGCGUGGGUAUAUACAUUCGAUUCCGGGCGGAUGAACAACUCCAGCAAUUAACCCGCCACGCCCAAAGUGGUGGCGAAAGAGCAUUAUGUACUGCCUUGUAUCUUAUGUCGCUGCAGGCCUUAUCGACCGUGCCGUUUAGAUGUGUGGAUGAAAUAAACCAAGGCAUGGACGCGAUUAAUGAGCGGAAAAUGUUCCAAUUACUUGUCAAAGUCACCACAGAGUGUGACAAUGGACAGUAUUUUCUUUUGACGCCUAAACUAUUAUCCCAACUGGAAUAUGGCGAAAAAAUAAUGGUCCACACAAUUUUCAAUGGCAAAGAUUUAAUGAAUUAUAAAAAAUGGAAACACAAUAAACAUUUACAAAGAGCACGAGCACAACUGUCGGAGAGCACGAGUAAUAUGUAAACUUAAUAGAUAGAUAGUUACACAAUUAUUGUAUGGCUGUUUUUAAUUAUGUGUUCAAAACACUUGCACAACUAACACUUAACACAGGUCCUUCAAACAAACUUUUUUCAUAUAGGUAUACAAAUAAACUUAUGUACGUCCAUAGAAAAGAUUAUAGAUUGAUGCUAUUACUAUCAGUUGUACUAUCCUCGCAAAUUGCUAAUGCGCAGGAACCUUCUCACGUUAAGCCACGUGACGUCAUCCAGAAUAGAAAAGUACAGCUUGCAAAAAAAAGAAAUGCACUCAAUUGUAAAUUUAAUAGGUUAAUUAUUAAGUUUGACAGUUUUGAAAUGACAUUUAUUGUAAGAUUACAUUUUACGAAAAAACUGAUAUUUGAUGACAUUUAAUUAAUCUCACACCUUGGAAAUAGGUAUCUUAUCUAAUAAAUGAAAAAUGUUCGUGUGAUUUUCAAUGUUUAUUAGAAAAGACUUAAGUAAUACAUAUAUUAAUAAUAUAAUUAGGUUAGAUUUUGAUUCAAUUUAAUAAAAAUCUAGCCUUAUUCUUCAAUCCCACUCAUACAAUCUAAAUCAGAUUCAGAAUUGUUUUCUAACUCUGAGUCUGUUAUAUCUGAUUCAGAAUCAUUUCCGGUAUUAAUUAUAAAUAACAAUCAAAUAAAAAUGCGUAGGUACUCGUCCGUCGCAAUUCGCAUCAGCCAGAAUAAUGCUAACGGUACAGAGUGUCUAAUGUCAAUGUCAACAAAAUACGUCACCAAAAUGGCGGCCAGGCGCAUUAGCAAUUUGCGGGGAUAAUACGUACAUUUACAACCAGUUCCCAAGACAGGGGCGUAGAGCGGGAGAGCAACUCCGCCACUCUCUUCAAUCGCUAAGUUUUGCAAAUCAAUCCCAAGGAUUAGGAUCUUUUAAAUAACAAAUUUAUAAAAAGCUUUAUUGAUUAAUUUUAGUUUGUUGUAAACGGUGUGAAUAGUAUAACUAUUUAAGCAACCCUAGUAAGUUAAAAACAAAACAAAUAAAGUAAAGUGGAAGUAGGGCAUAAGGGAGCGUUCGAGUAUUACGUCACGCAAUUUUUGGAGAUUCUUGACCUCCCCCCUCCAAACCCCAUGUAACGCGCCGUAACGUUCUUCUAUACCCAAUAGUAAAACGAUUCGUUAUCCAGUGACUCAUUGUAACAAUGAUGCAUAAUUCAAUCCCCGUCGCGCAUUGUAGCGUUUUUACCCCAUACCCCCAAAUUCGUAGCAUAAUACUUGAACGCUCCCUAAGGGGCCGAUGACCCUUACGUAAGCAGAUUUACUGCAAUUUAUCCCCCCCACCCCUCUUGUUAACAAAAGUAAAGCUCUCUAAAAUAAUAAACGUAUUUUGUAAGAAUCCUCAUAAAUGCAUUUCGUUUUCAAGCUUAGAAUUUUUGUAGGUAAUGUGUAAAAACUAAAUGAUUACUGUUAAUGUUACCAAGUAAAAAAAAAACAACGAAUCUCUUUCCCCUUUUCUUCUAUUAUUGUUGAUAUUGUAUAGUUAUACUAGAUUAUAAUUUGCGAAUUUAUCUAAUUUUACCAUAGUAAAUUACGUGUAACGAAACGUUAAUAGUUUGGGCGUUCAAAAAGCAUUUGUUGGUUGUUUUACACAAUCAUAUUUAAGCAGUUCAUACGAAAUUUAAUUAAAAUACAUAAUUAACGGUUUUUUUCUAUACCAAAGAAUUUAUUUGAAUGUGCCAUAUUACGAAAUGAUUUUAAUAAACAAAUUAAAUUUCGUGACUCAAAACUGUAUUACAUUUUCGCUACUGUUAUAAAACUUGGUUUAACAAGGGUGAAUCAUAUAUUUUUAUAAAUAUAGUAUGAUUGUAGAGGGGCAAAAAUUAGGGCUUGUAUGUAUUUUUGUAUGUUGUAUGUAAAUGUAAUAAAGUAAAACAAAAAAAUAAUCUAAAAAAAAUUAUGCUUAUCACUGGUUUGAAAGAUAGCCGAAUCUCUGGCAAAAAUCUGGGUACAUUGUGACCCGAGAAUUUAAUAUAUAGUGAUAAAACUGCCUUGUUUAUUUAGAAAUAGCAUUUAUAUGUAUAAAUUCUGUAAUCACAAUUGUUAAUUAUAUACUUUUGUACCUGAGUGUUAAGGGCUUACGAAAUUGUGGCGUUAUUGUAUAUUUUUUGUAAUAAAUUGUUUAUUUUUA